AUGGUCAAUAAUUCAUCAAUCGAGGAAAUCAACAUCACACCCAAACUACAAGAACAACAAACUGAACGAAUAUCAAUACUAGAACCUUCAUUAAAUGAAGAUGUCAAUAAUUCAAUAACUCCGUCACUUCCAGUAAAUUCAUAUGUUAAUGAUUUUGAAGAUAAAGAAAUAUCAAUUUUGGAGAGAGAAGAUACAAUACCGAAAACUAUAAAUAAAUUACAAUCUGAACAAGAUGUUUCAACAACGGGGACUUUGAAAAAUAAUCUAACCAAAUCAAUAUCAGAUAUGGGAAUUUAUCAACAACAUAUACCUCCAAAUUAUCAGUAUAAUAAACAUGAUGAAUCAAUCUUUGAUGAUGAAAAAUUAUUUCCAUGUUUACCAACAACUAAUAAAGAAGAUGAAUUAGUAAAAUAUGAUGAAAAAAGUCCAGAAUUAAUUAAUAGUGCCACUAUAAAAGCAUUAAUAGUCCAAAUGACUUCACCAGAAAUAAUUGACUACAAUUUAAUUUGUGAUUUUUUUUUAACAUAUAGAAUGUUCUCAAAAGCAUAUGAUAUAAUGAAACUAUUAAUGACAAGAUUAAUUUGGUCGUUACAAUAUAUAAGUUCUGAGACUGAUUUUAACGUGAAAAUAGGUAAAUUGGUUUUAUUAAGAACUUUUGUUGUACUAAGACAUUGGAUCAUAAAUUAUUUUGUUGAUGAUUUCAAUAAUAAUUAUCAAUUAUGUGACUUAUUCUCAAAUACUAUAAACAGCAUAGUAACGGAGUCAAAUUUAAUACGGGAGAAGAAUAAUGAUAAUUACAUAUUUAUAACUAAAAUAUUUGGAGAUUUAAAGACUCACUGGUUAAAUUUGAUAAAUGAAUUUUGGUCACUUGGAAUUGAUUUAGACUCAAUUAGUAGCAAAUAUGCAUAUUCAAUACCCAUAGCAAGAGAUUUAAAUAAUAGUAGAAAACUUUCAAAAUCAAAUACAGAAAUGUCAAUUCAUACUAAUCCAUCAUAUCGUCGAUCAGCAAUGCUUUCAUUAUAUGAUCAAAAAAUUCAUUACAAAACUUUAAUUUUUGAUGAUAAUUCCAACGAAGAAGAAAAUCCACAGUUUUCAGUCAAUAAUUUACUUUUACAACAUCAAUCAUCUAGACUAUCAAUCAACAAUAAAAUUCACGAAAUUCAACAACAGAAAAGAUUAAUAAAAUCACCGACAUUCUCCACGUCGUUUGUAUCAAAAUCUUCACCAGCAGUCACAUACGGUGCUAUUGCAAAUUCACCAAGUACUCCAAUAAGGAAACCUUCUAAAAAGAACAAGCGUGCAUUAGCUCAAUCAACUAGACAUAAUAGAAUGGAGAUCAAGGAUUCUGCUUUGGAAUUAAAGAAAACCAAAACUAUUUUGAUGGAUGAUGAUGAGGAAGAUCAAGAUAAAGAAAACAUUGAUGAGAUACGGACACCCAAAAAAUCUGAUACUUAUAAAACAAUUGGAUUCUCAACAAAUGGUAAUAUAAAACUUCCUACAUCAAAAGUAACUUCAAUAAUACCGCCAACGCCUGUAAAAAAGAUGGAAUAUAAAAUUUAUAAUGACAAUAAUUCAUCACCUGGUCGAAAAGAUAGCUUCCAACCUCCAAUGUCGGAAAGUAUUAAUGAUUAUGAAUUUGGAAGAAAAAAAUCAAUAAAGAAAUUAAUGGAUGGUUGGAAAAAAUCAUUAGUGGCACAUUCCAGAGAGUCAUUAUUUGACAUACCGUAUUCACAUAAAAGUUUAAGUGCGAAACCAUCUUCAGAAAAUUUAAAUCAUUUUAUCAUAGAUGCAAUUAAUGUAGUUGGAGACAUUGGUAAUAGAGUUGAUGUAUUAAGUGCUAGAAUCGUUGAUGAAUUGGAAUACCUUAUUCGUUAUUAUAUAAAUGAUUCAAAUUCAAAUAGCAUAAUUCAUGAAGUUGAUGGACACUACAUCGAUGAUAAUGGAGAUGAAUUUGUGGAUGUGCCAGAAGCUCAAGUAGCUGAUAAAGAAUUAGAUUUAAAACCCAUUGAAGUUUCACCUAACAAUGACAGUGAUGUGGAUAUAAAUGAUUUAUCAGAAUUAAAUAUUAUCAAAAUUGAUAAUUUAAUAAAUGAAAAAGAAGAUGUUGUUCAAACUAUCAAAGUUCAAAGAAAUUUAUCUCAAAAUAUACUUGAUGAAAUAAAUUCUUCGGAGGAUUCUUUCCAAAAACCAGCUAGUAUGAAUUGGAAUGAUGAAGAUGCUGUUGAUUUGGAAAAAUCAAAUGAGAAAAUAGAACAAAUUGCUCCAUUAGAAGAUGAAUAUGAUGAUUUUAAUUUUUCAAACGAGCUGGGUCCUCAAAAUGUUAUAUAUAGUGAACCAAAUUUUAAUUUUCAACAAUCAAGUCAAUCAUUAGAAACAUCAACUAUAUCAACACCAAGUAAUUUUACUCAAUAUGAUGCCGAAAUUGCAGAUUUAGGAAUUGCAUUGAGUCCACAACUGGAAAAACCCAAAAGAAUAAGUUUUUGUGAUAAGACUAGUAACAGUGUUAUGUAUAGUAACAAAAGACUUUCACUUUUAUCAAAAAAUUCAAAUGGUUCAAUCAUAAAAAGAGAUUCAAUGAAGUCAUAUUUGAGUUAUGAUUCUGCUUUUUCAAUUACAAAUGAUUCAAAUUCUUUCAAAAAUCAUUUCAAUAUAAAUCAUGACUUUGACACUGGACUUAAAAAGAAGCACGGUUUUAAUAAUUUGAAAAAUAUUGGCAAUAGAAAUAGACUGAGUUCAAAUGAGCAAGAAUUGGAGAGUGCAAUAAAAAUGAGAUCAUCAUCACAUCUGUCUAGAAAAAGUUCUAGAAAAAGCGUUAGAUAUAGUACGUUAUAUGCAUUAGUUGAAUUACCUUUUAAUGAAGCUUAUAUAUUUGCAGAAGAAAGACAUACUUCAGUAAUGACAUCUGCUGAUAUUGGUAACAAUAGCUCAAUUUUUUCAAUCGCUGCUAAAAGUAGAAGAAAUUCAAAUCGUAAAGAACAACCAUCAACAGCAAUGACAGGAUCAUCAAAUAAUUCAGUUGCAAUACCAGGAAUAAGCAAUUAUGCAUUGAAGGAAUUAGCUGCAAUUCCAGAUGAAUCAAUGCAAUCAGCAGAAGAUCCAAUUGAAUUUGCUUUGCAUAAGUUAGAAGGUAAAUAUUCAUCAAAGGCUACAUUAAGGGAAAAAGAUACUGAUGAUAGCGAUGAAGAAUUGGAUGAAAAUAAACCUCACCUGUUAAGGGUCGACGAUACAGAAGAUAUUUUAAAUCAAAUCAAUAAUGCACAUACUGAAGAUGCAAUAAAUAUGACAACUUUAGAAGAUAUAAGUGAUGAAGAAGCUCCAUUAACUCCGAAAAAAAACUCAAGAACUUUCCAAAAUGAUAGUUUUAUAGAAAGAUCAACAACAACUCCAGAAUCAAUGAACAAAAUAUCUGAUUUAAUUGAAUUUCAGCCACAUCAACCAAAAUUCAACUCAUCAAAUAUAGAAUAUCAAUCACCUAAAAUAAUAUUAGAUAAUUAUUCUCCAUCAAGUGAUUUACUUUCCGUGCAAAACAUUAUAAAAGAAAAUUCCCACAUCUCGUUCAUUCUAUCAUUUGAUUCAAAAUCAUUAGCUGAUCAUUUUACAAUAAUUGAAAAAGAUAUGUUACAAGAAAUAGAUUGGAAAGAUUUAAUUGAAUUGAAAUGGAAUAAAGAAUUAACUCCAGUCAACAGUUGGUUGGAAAUCAUAGUGAAUGAUGAUUACUAUAUUAAAAACAAGGGAGUUAAUUUAGUAAUUGCAAGAUUUAACCUUAUGGUCAACUGGAUAAUUUCAGAAAUUUUAUUAUCUCAAAAUCAAAUUGAAAGAAUCAACAUAAUAUCAAGAUUUAUCCAUAUUGCUCAGAAUUGUUUAAUUUUACAAAAUUUCUCAACAUUAAUGCAAAUCAUAUUAGCUUUAACUUCAACAAAAAUACAAAAUUUAAAAUCAACAUGGAGAAAUUUAUUACCUGGUGAUAUACUAAUGUUAAAAAAUUUAGAAUCUUUAACAUCACCAAUCAAGAAUUUCUUAAAUAUAAGAUUAUCAAUAAAUCAAAUCAAACCUUCUAAAGGUUGUAUACCAUUUGUUGGAUUAUACUUAUCAGAUUUAACAUUUAAUGCAGAAAGACCAAGUUUUAUAAAAUCACAAACAACCACAAAUGAAGAAGAUAAAUUUAUCAACUUCUCGAAAUUUAGAACUUCAGUUCAUAUUGUCAAAUCAUUAUCUCAAUGUAUUGAAUGGUCAAUUAAUUAUAAUUUAAAUAUUCAACCUGAUUUAUUGUCAAAAUGUCUCUAUAUCAAAUCAUUAGAUGAAGAAGAGAUGAAUUUUUGUAUUGAUCAUUUAAAGGAUCUUUAA